GAUUCAGUUGAUACGCCAUUUUCCUGUAGUAACAACUCGAGGAAAGUUCAAUUAGAAGCAGACGAGACUACUUUCUGUUUACCCAGGUAGGACAUGACAGAGAAAUUAUGAAGAAUUCAAUAUCAUAAGCUGUAGCUGUCCUGGAUAAGACUGAAGCUCUUAAGAUGGAUAUAGCUACAAGUGACAUUGGUGGAGUAGCUACAUGUAUAGCUAUAGGGGAAGGCCAUGGAGUUGUUAUGGCUACAGGAGACCAAGUGGAUACAACUACAGAGGAUAGUGCAUGUAAUAUUAAAAUGGUUAUGGAUUCAGGGGAAGACAUCAGGGUGGAUACAGCUGAAGGUGAUGGAGAAAAAAUUGAUAUAGGGGAUGGUGAUGUCGGUGGACUUGACCAUGACUACCCUCUGAAGUCCAAAGACAUAACCAUCAUUUCCCUGUCAGAUUCCAUCAGACUGGGAUAUUGUAAAAAUUCUGGAUGUGGCUGUAAGUUAGUUCACUGUCCCUUCUGUGACAAGUCGCACUUCAAACCAGCCAAGCCUUCACGAGUUAGAGACCAUCUGGAGCUGAAACACUUUGCACAUUCAGUCAAGUUUGAUGAUAUGAUAAUUGUGAAGUGUUUCCGAGAUUGUGGUGACAAGCCAAAGGGUCACUACCAUUGCCCUUGCUGUACAAAACAGUUGUUGAAGAGAAAUGCCUUCCAUUCCCAUCUUGUAAAACACAUCAAAACCAUGAAAAAAUCUCCUGAUUUGGUGACAGCUCCUGACGACAAACUCCCAUCUAAAGUUGUUUUUCUAGAUGAGGUCCUUCAGUUGUGUCUCGAGAAUUGCCAAGUGGACAUACAGGAGCAUUUCCACUGCCUGUACUGUGACGAGAUUUUUGUGGAUAGGAGCAUGUUGGUAACACACAUGUGGAGAUGUCAGACAGGGAAGGCCAAUCAGUACCCUAAUAUGAAACUAGGACAGGAAAUGGAUCAACAAAGGGCAGAUAACUAUGUGCCUGUUAAUUGUCCUCACCCAAAAGAUGCUCCAGACAUUAAGUGGCACGCAUCUGUUGUGCGAAGUGUUGCAGAUCUGCCAGUAGAGAAAUGUGAAGACUUGUCCUGUGGAUGUGGGGGAAGCUACCACUGUGUUCUCUGUCCCACCUCCAAGUAUAAACCUAACUCUGAGGAACAUCUCCUGACACAUUACAGCCUCCACUGGAAGAAACGCAUCCCUUAUAAAGAUUACUAUAUCCUGAUAUGCUACCUGCCCUGUCAGGGUACAGAAGAGGAGUUAGCCACCAGCUACCAGUACCACUACCAUUGUCCUGUGUGUGGGGAGUCUCGAAAGAGGAGGAAUUGUUUUCUGCAUCAUCUACGUAUAUGUAAAGGAAAUAGAGAAUCUACUCACAGGUUUUCUAUCACCAAAUAUAAAGACAACAAUGAGGACAAGGAAAUCUUGAGUGAGGCUGAAAUAGCUGUUGAAUCUCUGACUAAUAUUGAGAUGGUUGCCUCAGAGGACCCUCCACAAGAAACUCCUGUUAUUGGGGAAGCUUCUGAGAGGCAUUGUGAUGCUGGUGAUGAAGAUAACUUAACUGAUCCUGUAGUAGUUCAACAUUCCCCUGUGAUGACCUCAGACUACCAGACAAACGAUGAAGCAGCAGAUAUGUCUUCCAUAGAUGUAUUUGAGAAGGUCACGGCGACCUUGUCACGGAGACUGGUAACAGCUGUUGACCAGACAGCAAUGGACAGUGUCCUGAGUAGAGUGACCAAGCAGACAAAUUUAACAUUGGACUGGUCCCCUGGAAUUUCUUCUCCUCAGUACACCCUCACAGGUCGACUGGAAGACAUUGUAAUGAUCAAAGGAUAUACUGUACAAGGGUCCAUUAUCGGCCCCAAAAAUCCCUCAGAAAAAGCCUUGAAGAGUAAGAUCAUUGUGUGUCAUCAUGUAUUAAAAGUGGAACCCCCAGAGACUGGUCCAACAGAAUUUUGCAGAAAAUGUAAAGCGCAAGAUUUUAUGAAACCUGGUGAAACAAAUGAUAGUACUUUAGCUACGACAGCACAGCAAGGACACGAAAGGCCAGACGACAUGGGAAACAAUAAAAAGUCAGAAAUUCUUCCCAUAAAACGAAAACGUGGUCGUCCAAGAAAAAAUCCCAAAGUGGAUCAAACACAGGAAAAGGCUGCUUUGUCUACGGAGGGGUGUGUGGAUACAAGUAUCUUGAGUGAUAGCAUAGAAAACACUGAUCAAGUUCAGUCAUCUGAAUCCAAGGAGACCCGAUUCAUCACUGAAAAACGAUCUACCACAAGGAAAAGGAAGGCAAGCUCACAGGAUACUAAUGAAAAAGCAAAUACUGAUAAGGAAACUGUUUCUGCUACAAGUCCAAAGCGGUACUCCACCAGAGGUAAGAGGCUCGACUUCUCUGCCAUGGUAGGAGCGAAGAAAACAUCUGCGGAGGAGAGUGGUGUCAAAUCAGGGAGAAAUGAUGUAGCAAACAAAAAAUUGCAGCUCAAUAGCAAGGAGCAGAUUUCCCAGACAGACAUUGAAACCAUUGCUGAUGCAGCUGAACAAAUCCCAUCCAUAGCAACAAAUGACACCAAUUCGGUUUCAUCGAUAUCGGUUAUGAAAAAUACGAACCAAGAGCCAGGAGUUCUUGAUGACAUCGGAAAUGAUGAUAACGAAGAUAUCUAUUCAACUGUUGAAGAAGGCAUUGAUGUCAAGAUGAUUAGUCAAAAGAAUGCUUCACCUUUGGCAAAGCGAAGAGGUGACAAUGUAGCACACAUUCCUGCAAUUGUUUUUGAAGAUUCCAUCAAACUUGGACGAAAGUCAAUAAAUAAAUCUGAAAAUGAAGCCAACUUGCAAAUCACAUCACAGUCACAAUAUUCAGAAGAUGGGAUACCUAUCGGUGUAACAGGGGAUGGUGGUCUUAGAGAUAAAUGUAAUUUGUGUGACUACAUUUCAGACAGUUUCAUUAAUCUACAGCAACAUUUCUUAGCGAUACAUCAAACACAAUGUUCCUUCCGCUGUGACGUGUGUGAAGUCAUCUUUGAAGAUGAAUCAGCUGUUUCAAAUCAUCUGAAACUAAAACAUAGACCAUUUAAACAAGCUAUGAAAUCAUUAUUAAAUCCAGAAUUAAAACUCAAAUCCAAAAUUGAAAAGAAUCAACACAAGAAAGAGUAUAAUUGUCUAAAGUGUGACUUCAAAACAUUCCGUCUGAACUGCUUGUAUGCUCAUAGGGAAUUUAUACACAAUGAUAUCCCAAUAUGUGAAUAUUGUGGAAAGAAAUUUGCCCGAUUCAUGCAUAUGCAAACACACAUCCAGGCUGUUCAUACGAAAUCAAAGUCGGCGGUCUGUCACAUUUGUGGAAAAAACUUUGACCACGUACGAUAUAUGAAAGCCCAUAUGAAACGCCAUUCUGACAUCAAAGACUAUGUAUGUAAAAUAUGCAAUAAGAGGUUUACUGAACGUACAACACUGAAAGGACAUAUGGAGAUCCACAAGAAACCUGACGAGAGAACCUACAGAUACGUUUGUGACUUCUGUGGAAAACGGUUUCUCAAUAAGAACACAUAUACUGACCAUCUUAACAAGCAUACAGGAGAAAAACCAUACCAUUGUGAUAUGUGUGACAAGAGAUUUACAUUCAAAAGCGUAUUGGAUAAACACAAGCUUUUCAAGCACACUACUUCAAAACCGUUCCCGUGUCCAAUUUGUAGGAAAGGAUUCAAAAUGCAACGUCUCCUUAACCAGCAUCUUGUGACUCAUACCGGACAGAGCAAUUUUGUCUGUGAAGAAUGUGGGAGGUCAUUUUCCUGUAAGAAUACCUUAAAGAAUCACCAGCCCAAAUGUAAGGGAGUUAUGAGACAGAAGUCUGGGUCAAACGUGAUCCUGGUCCUGGCGGAGCAGGGCUUGAAUCAGUCAGAACAGGUUUCGCUGACGAAUGCAGUGAUGUCUCUGGAUCCCCAGUCAUCCAAUAUGGAGGCUACACAGAUCCUUACACCCGAUGGAAUAGUACAUCUGGAGUCCACUCAUGUCAUGGACAGUGUUGUGCAGGAGGAAGAGGAACCGGCGCUGUACAUAUGUAGUGAGUGUAAUGCCGUGUUUGAAUCCUUCCAGGAAGUGGAGACUCAUGUUCUAAUGGGGCAUACUGAUGGGUCAAUAAAAGAUGGCGGAACUGUUCAGCCUCAUCAGCUGAUCGAUACUCUGGCAACGACAACAAGUGAUGUCUCGUCUGCACAGCCCAUAUUAGAUGUCCAACAUGGUCCGAUGUUCAUCAGUGAGGUGGAUGCUUCUGCACUUGUGAAUUUGACUGCCAAAGAUGAACAUACUGUUUGAAGUGAGGUUAUGUAUGAUUAAAGGAAAUUUACAAAUACUUACCAUGUUGAUAUUAAUCCCUACUUCAUAACCAGAGUUGAAGUUUCUUUGGUUCACUAACAAGUGUUAAAAACAAUGCUAGAUAGAGAUUGGUUGAUACAUUUGUGAAUCAUUUUAUCUCGGAUUUAUCAUUAUCUUAUUUUGUGGUUGUUAACUCAAUGUUUAAAUUAUGAAUUUUUGAUUAUUAUAAUGAUCCAGUUUACACGAAUGAAAAUAUUUAAUUUA